AACCUCAGGGACCUGUUGAGGUCACAGGGUGUGAGCCCAGGUGUGCCGGGACCGGCACUGGGGACACGGAGCCGCACGGGUCGGACCCCACGUGUGAUGGGGACCAGUAAGGGACCGGCACUGGGCGUGAUGGGAGAAGCAGGAUGGCUGCGGGAAAAGCCCUGGAGGGACGGGCCCGAGCGGGCUCCAUCACCCAGCAGAGGAGUUUCCUUUGGCUCUGAGCUGCGAGGAGGAUUUGGGAGAUUUGAGCUGAAGCAGAGCGAGGAUUAAUCAGGAUUAUUGAGAUAUUAGCUGGAAUAUUAACUGGUUUACAGCGGAUGAGGUCCCUGGGGCACAAACAUCCAUCAGCCCCAAAUUAAAACUCUAAUGAGCUGGAAUAAGGUGUGAGGGUAAACUGAGGCACAGAUUAGAGCCAACCCUCGGCCUCCACGAGCCCCCCGGGGCUUUUCCGAGUUCACUUCGGAGCCGCCGCUCUCGCCCGUUUCGUUUCCUCCUUCGGAGGUUUCGCUCUUCGCUCAAAACCCGAAGGGGAAAUUCCCUCCCCCGAAUUUGCUGCUGCUCGACUUUCAGGCAGCCGCCACUCUCAGCUCGUCACCGCGGCCACCAGCACGGUCCCCAGCACGGUAAAUCACUUCUGGGGGAAAUAGAAGGAUUUUGGGGUCCACUCCGGGUUGGGUGGUGGAUGGGAUUUGGAGCCGGGUUCUGCUCCUCGGAGCCGCUCUGCCAACCCCGAAAAUGAGAGUUUUUAUGUUUCCAAAUUACUGCUUUUAAUUGCAGCUUGGGAGAGGCUUUUUUUGGGACAUAAAAAAAUCUCCUGCAACUUCUUCCUGGUGGCAGCAGUCUGGGGGAAAUGAGAAGGAGUCGAGACCCGAAAAACCCCAGCAGGGAUGGAAUAAAAUCCAUUACAAAAUCUUUCCAGGUUGUUAGGGAGUGACGGCUCCGUGUCGCACUCCAAUUAAUAAUUAAUUGGCGUCUUUAUAGACAACUCUCAGGCAAAACAAAACUUGAAUUCGAGGUGGAGUUGGCUGCCUUGGGGAGGCUGAAAAAUGCUCACUUGUAAAUUUUUAAGGAGUAGAGGAACCCAAAAAGCCAAAAUCAGGGUGAAGUUUCCUCUCGGUGCGGGGCGAGCACUGCAGUUCCCUGAGCUGGGAGCAAACCUUACCAUUGCCUCUGAGGUUUUCCUUGCUCCAGGUUCAUUUCCUUCAGGAUUUCUGCUCUUCUUCCCUCCCCGGGACUCCACAGCGUCGGAGGCAGCUCCAUCCAACCUUCCAGCCAAAGCCCUAAUUUGAGUUAGAGUUUAAAUUUAACGCCGAGCUGAAACUUGCAGCGCUGAGCUGAGCAGACCUGGAGGAGCUGACAGGAAGCCCAGGAUGAUUUGCAUGAAGAUCUCACCAACCCUUCACAUCCCCUUUGCAGAUUGUUUGCAGAUUUGUGCCCGGCUUUGGGUUUAUUUAUUAUCUUUUCUCCCGGUAAUAAUUGGUGCAAGAUGGGAAAACUGGGACGUUUAAUCCAUAAUACAGCUGUUAAAGAGGGGAGAAAUGUGGGGAACACAAUUUUCCUCCAUAAUGCCAAUAUUUGGUUAAUUGAUGCUGGGUGGUGCUUCCUGGGGUAUUUUUGGGAGGAGAAGAGGCUGAGCAGCUCAAAAAAAGGGAAUUGUGUCCCCACCCUUGGACAUCAUUCCUUGGAUGGGUUUGUAGUUGGGAGUUUUUUGCUCUCGUGCCCAAAGAAUCCCAUUAUCUGGUACUGAGUUGGAAAUACAACUUUUUCCAGGUAGAUAUUUUUUACUAAAUGGGAUUUUCAGGCUGUUUGGAGCUUGUGGAAGUCGUGGGGGAGAGGUGGAAAAACCCAGCUUGGCUCCUCUUAGGAAGAAUCUCUUCACCUUUUUUUUUUGGUAUAUAUUAUGAGAGAACUGUUAAUGCUUCUCUCUGUGCAGUCCCACACACCUGCAGCAGCUGGGAUCUGGAGGUACCAGCAGCACCUGAUCCUCCCCAUCCCUCAUCCAUCCCUCAGGAUCAUCCAUCCAUCCAUCCAUCCAUCCAUCCAUCUAUCCAUCCAUCCAUCCCAUCCCCAUCCCUCAGGAUGACCCUGGCAGCUCCUCCCUGCCCCUGGAUAACACCAGUCAUCAGUGGAUGAUUAUUAAUGUGAUAAUUAUUACUGUUGGCAGGUGCUCGUUCCCUCUGCUGUCCCCUGGAGUGCUGGAGAUGGAGGAGGUGUUCCUGCAGCUCUGGGGGGAGGUGGCCAGGCUGCAGGAGCUGUGCUCGGAGCAGGGGAGGCUCCUCCAGAGGCUGAGGGCCAGGAAGGGACCAGUUCUCGACAUCCCGGUGUCGCUGCCUAUCCAGUGCACGGAGGACGUGGUGCCAGGGGACGGGCAAAGGUCACCUGAGAGCUGCCAAAACCACCCAGGGGCUCUGACAUCCUCCACAUCCCCCCUGGAGGGCUCUGCUUGUCCCAUGGAACAUCCCCAGGCCACCAACAGGCUCCCCCCAGGCCCUGGGAAUGGCGUGGGGACCGGAGGAGCCGCAGCUUUUGGCAGCAGCGAGGGGGAGAAGGGAGAUGUGCCCACCUGGAUGAGAACCUGGGUCCUCCCUGUCCCCUGGGAAGGAGGAAGAGCCCCCUGCAGCCCUCGGGAGUUGGAGACACUAAAUCCAGGGGCUGGGGGCUCCUUCCCAAAUCUUCUGGAUCUCUACAGAGCCCCAGAAGUGCUUGAGAGGGAAGAUGGUCCCCGGGACGUGGCUCUCCCUGGGGAGGCUCUGGUGGAGAUCCGAGGGCCUGUGAAGACGUGCUGGACUCCAGGCUGGGUGAUGGAGGAGGAGAUGCUCAGGACCGGCCCCACCCGUGAGGCUGCUCCAGCCUGUGACCUGUGCCGGGAGAUUUUCCCCUCAGAUGCAGCGGGACACGUGGAAUAUUUGAACCAUGUCUUGGCCCAUCUGGAGUAGGACUUGUCUUCCCAAUGGGAAAUCCAUGGAUUUGCACCACAGGACAGACUCUGCACAUUCCCAAGCUGGACUUGAUGGCCUCAGAGAGCUUUUCCAGCCCUGGGGUUCUGUGGCUGAUGAGGAUUCCGGGAUCCUCCUGCUGGUUUGGACUGGGAGCAGCUGCCACGUUCCCUGUCCUUCUCCAUGUGGAAUGAACUCCCAGAUUUGGAUUAUCCUGGCUGUGUUUUGGGUUACUGAUCUCUGUGGAUGUUGAAGCCAAUCCCAUCCUGGGGUCUGGAGGUGCAGCUCCUGGGAAAAGGGAAUUUCUCAAAAUUUGCCUUUGACACAGUGGAAAUGAAUCUUCCAUAAAUAGUCAGGGAUGUUUGGGAAGACA